CGGGCGGAGAGGGACGCGUGGGUGUGGAGCGCGGCGCUUUAGUCCACACCCCGCAGCCUCCUUCCCCAGGCAGCCGCGCUCAUUCUCCUCCCUCUCACUGCCAGCCGGUGUGUCCGCGGCGGCAGGAGGCGGAGGGGCGGGAGGGGAGAGGAGAGGAGAAGCGAGGCGAGGCGAGGCGGGCGCCUGGGCCGCCCGGGAGGGAGAGCGGCGGCGGCGGGAGGUCCCCGCAGCCUCUCCCUGCUGCACGCAGCCCGCCGCCACCGCUGCACGGCAGCAGCUGCUCCGCGGCGGAGUUGCUGCCCUCCAGCAGUUCCGCUCCGGUUCUCCGCGAGAAGUGUAGGAGAGAAGGGCUUUAUUUCGAGGGGAUGCUGAGAAAGCCGUUCCCCUCCUGUAGCACGUUGCUUGGGCGUUCCUAUUAUGGAAGUUAAGUGAGAAACUCCGCAGCUUGAACUGAUUUGGGAGAGAGAGAGAGAACAGAGAAAGGGGUAGGGCAAAGGGAGAGGAAAGCAAAAUAGCCAAACCAAGCCAAUGGUUUUCCAGCAAAGUGCCAGGAAGUUUGCGGAACACUUUCUAGGAAUCAGGUCCUUUUUCAGAGCCUCUCCUUGUCUUCCGAAGAAAGAGCUUGCUUUUGGAUUGCUAUGGAGCCUAAAGAGAGUCUUAGGCACACUUGAAUAAUUCCUCAGCUUGGGCUGGAUUGGUGGGAAUUUAGGAAGGAGCGCGUGUGCGAAGCAGAAGCCUUCCGAGCUCGCUGCCUGCUCUAAUCUGUAUGGAUCUAAAAGUGUCACAUUCAAGACCUUUCCAUCUGCAGCUUUUGAUUGCAAGAUUUCCCUUUCCGCUAUAAGCAGCUGCUAGGAAACUGAAAACUUUUGGACCUACCUCUCGCUGUCUUUGGAUACUUUUUUUUUUUUUUUUUUGAUCUCUGUGGAAUUGCUCUCGCAAACGAUCGGGAUUGCUUUUAAUAUGUCAAAAUGGGUCUGCUGACGCCACUCCUGCUCUUUGGAUUUGCAUUUUUUCAAGUCUAUGGAUCCCGUCUCCGCCAGGAGGACUUUCCACCACGGAUUGUUGAGCAUCCUUCAGAUGUGAUAGUCUCUAAAGGAGAACCAACAACCCUGAACUGUAAAGCUGAAGGACGGCCAACUCCUACUAUUGAAUGGUACAAAGAUGGAGAGCGAGUGGAAACUGACAAAGAUGAUCCUCGCUCCCACCGUAUGCUGCUGCCUAGCGGAUCUUUAUUUUUCCUGCGUAUUGUGCAUGGACGCAGGAGUAAACCUGAUGAAGGAAGUUAUGUUUGCGUAGCAAGGAACUAUCUUGGAGAAGCUGUGAGUCGCAAUGCAUCUCUGGAAGUGGCAUUGCUACGAGAUGACUUCCGUCAAAACCCUACAGAUGUUGUGGUGGCAGCUGGAGAGCCUGCAAUACUGGAGUGCCAGCCACCUCGUGGACACCCUGAGCCUACCAUCUACUGGAAAAAAGAUAAAGUCCGUAUUGAUGACAGGGAAGAGCGGAUCAGUAUUCGUGGUGGGAAGCUAAUGAUCUCCAAUACACGAAAAAGUGAUGCUGGCAUGUACACUUGCGUUGGAACCAACAUGGUGGGGGAACGAGACAGUGAUCCAGCAGAGCUGACUGUCUUUGAGCGGCCCACGUUUCUCAGGCGACCAAUCAACCAGGUGGUGCUGGAGGAGGAGGCCGUGGAUUUCCGGUGCCAGGUGCAGGGGGACCCGCAGCCGACCGUCCGCUGGAAGAAAGAUGACGCAGACCUACCAAGAGGAAGGUAUGACAUUAAAGAUGACUACACUUUGCGCAUCAAGAAGGCCAUGAGCACAGAUGAGGGCACCUACACAUGCAUUGCUGAGAAUCGAGUUGGAAAAGUGGAAGCAUCUGCUACCCUUACUGUGCGAGCUCGCCCUGUUGCUCCCCCACAGUUUGUGGUGAGACCACGAGAUCAGAUUGUAGCCCAGGGUCGAACGGUGACUUUUCCUUGUGAAACUAAAGGAAAUCCCCAGCCAGCUGUUUUUUGGCAAAAAGAAGGAAGCCAGAAUCUGCUCUUCCCAAACCAGCCUCUCCAACCCAACAGUAGAUACUCAGUAUCACCAACUGGAGACCUCACCAUUACCAACAUUCAGCGGUCUGAUGCAGGCUACUACAUUUGUCAAGCACUGACGGUUGCUGGAAGCAUUUUAGCAAAGGCUCAGCUGGAGGUUACUGAUGUCUUGACAGAUAGACCUCCACCCAUCAUCCUCCAGGGGCCUGUCAAUCAGACACUGGCAGUGGAUGGGACAGCUCUGCUGAAGUGCAAGGCUACUGGUGACCCACUUCCUGUUAUCAGCUGGUUAAAAGAAGGCUUCACUUUUCUGGGCAGAGACCCUCGAACGUCCAUACAGGAUCAGGGGACCCUUCAGAUUAAAACUCUGCGGCUGUCUGAUACUGGAACUUACACUUGCGUUGCUACAAGUUCAAGUGGGGAGACAUCAUGGAGUGCUGUUCUGGAUGUGACAGAGUUGGGUGGAGCAACAGUCAGUAAAAAUUAUGACAUAAAUGAUCUCCCUGGGCCACCAUCCAAGCCUCAGGUCACUGAUGUUACUAAGAACAGUGUCACCCUGUCCUGGCAGCCAGGGACCCCUGGAAGCCUACCAGCUAGUGCAUAUAUCAUUGAGGCCUUUAGUCAAUCUGUGAGCAAUAGUUGGCAAACAGUGGCUAACCAUGUGAAGACCACUCUCUACACUGUGAGAGGACUGCGUCCCAAUACAAUCUACCUGUUUAUGGUGAGAGCUAUCAAUUCACAAGGACUGAGUGAUCCCAGCCCUAUGUCAGAUCCUGUCCGAACACAAGAUAUCAGUCCACCAGCACAAGGCGUGGAUCACAGGCAAGUCCAGAAGGAACUGGGAGAUGUCAUUGUACGACUGCAUAACCCUGUUGUGCUGACGCCCACGACAGUUCAAGUUACCUGGACAGUUGACCGCCAAUCGCAGUUUAUUCAGGGCUACCGAGUAAUGUAUCGCCAAACAUCUGGCCUACCGUCUCCAGCUGUAUGGCAGAAUUUGGAGGUCAAAGUCCCAACAGAGCGCAGUGCUGUUCUAGUCAACUUGAAAAAAGGAGUCACUUAUGAAAUUAAAGUUCGCCCUUACUUCAAUGAAUUUCAAGGAAUGGACAGUGAAUCAAAGUCUGCUCGUACCACAGAGGAAGCUCCAAGUGCCCCUCCUCAGUCUGUUACAGUUCUGACAGUUGGAAACCACAACAGCACAAGCAUCAGCAUCUCCUGGGAUCCUCCCCCUCCAGAUCACCAAAAUGGAAUCAUCCAGGAGUACAAGAUCUGGUGUCUAGGUAAUGAGACUCGAUUUCAUAUCAACAAAACAGUAGAUGCAGCCAUUCGGUCUGUAGUAAUAGGUGGCCUGUAUCCAGGUAUUCAGUACCGUGUAGAAGUUGCUGCAAGCACCAGUGCAGGUGUGGGAGUGAAAAGUGAGCCACAACCCAUAAUAAUUGGAGGCCGUAACGAAGUUGUCAUCACUGAAAAUAACAACAGCAUAACUGAGCAAAUCACUGAUGUUGUCAAACAACCUGCCUUUAUAGCUGGCAUCGGUGGUGCAUGUUGGGUAAUUCUGAUGGGUUUCAGCAUCUGGCUGUACUGGCGCAGAAAGAAGAGGAAGGGGCUCAGUAAUUAUGCUGUCACAUUCCAAAGAGGAGAUGGAGGACUAAUGAGCAAUGGAAGUCGACCAGGUUUGUUGAAUGCAAGUGACCCCAGUUAUCCUUGGCUUGCAGACUCUUGGCCUGCCACAAGUCUGCCAGUUAACAACAGCUCUAGUGGACCCAAUGAUCUUGCCAAUUUCAGUCGUGGAGAUGUGUUGCCACCAGUGCCAGGGCAAGGAGAUAAAACUGCUACUAUGCUUUCUGAUGGAGCCAUUUACAGCAGCAUUGACUUCACGACAAAAACUAGUUACAACAGUUCCAGCCAAAUAACUCAAGCUACACCAUAUGCCACCACCCAGAUACUGCAUUCCAACAGCAUCCAUGAGUUGGCAGUCGACUUACCUGAUCCUCAGUGGAAAAGCUCAAUUCAGCAAAAAAAUGACCUGAUGGGAUUUGGCUACUCUCUCCCAGACCAAGGCAAAGGCAACAAUGGUGGCAAAGGAGGGAAAAAGAAGAAAAGCAAAAAUACUGCCAAGCCUCAGAAAAAUAAUGGUUCAAACUGGGCCAGCGUUCCCCUCCCACCCCCUCCUGUGCAGCCGCUUCCAGGCACAGAGCUGGAACACUACGGGGUGGAUCAACAAGAAGCAGGAUAUGACAGUGACGGUUGGUGUCCACCCUUGCCCGUUCAGACCUACCUCCAUCAGGGCAUGGAGGAUGAGCUUGAAGAAGACGAUGAUCGUGUUCCCACACCUCCUGUGCGAGGAGUAGCUUCAUCACCUGCGAUCUCCUUUGGGCAACAAUCAACUGCAACCCUCACGCCUUCUCCGCGAGAGGAGAUGCAGCCAAUGCUUCAAGCCCACCUCGAUGAAUUAACCAGGGCCUACCAGUUUGAUAUAGCAAAGCAGACAUGGCACAUCCAAAGCAAUACACAACCUCCUCAGGCUCCAGUUCCACCCCUAGGAUAUGUAUCUGGAAACCUUAUUUCAGACUUGGAAACAGAUGUUCCAGAUGAUGAUGAGGAUGAUAUUGAAGAAGAAACUCUAGAAAUCAAUAGGCCACUGAGAGGUCUAGAACAUACUCCAGGCUCCAGUAUGGACAAUUUAGACAGCUCUGUGACAGGUUCAAUGGUAAAUGGAUGGGGUUCUGCGUCUGAUGAGGACCGUAACUUUUCUAGUCAUAGAUCUAGUGUAGGUAGCUCCUCAGAUGACUCGAUCUUUACCAGCGGCAGUUUUGCACAAGCACUGGUUGCAGCAGCAGAUAAAGCUGGUUUUAGGCUGGAUGGAACCAGCCUGACAAGAACAGGCAAAGCAUAUCCUUCCUCUCAGAGACCUCGGCCAAGCAGUCCUUUUUCUACUGACAGCAACACCAGUGCAGCUGUCACUCAGAGUCAGAGGCCGAGGCCCACUAAAAAACACAAGGGAGGCCGGUUGGACCAACCCCCUUUGCCUCAUCGUAGGGAGGGAAUAACAGACGAUCUUCCACCACCACCCGACCCACCGCCUGGUCAGGGUUUAAGGCAGCAAAUAGGCCCGGGCCAGCGCGGAGGCUCGGCAGAGAGGAAAGGAAGCUCUCUUGAGAGGCAGCAUGCACCCAGCGUAGAUGACACAAAGAGCUCCUUGGACCGGCAAGCUAGGACAUCACUAGAGUGGCAGCGGCAAACCCAGGAGUGGAUAAGCUCUGCAGAACGCCAAGAGGAUUUCAGGAAAGCCCAACACAAGCAAGCAUUCGGAUCAGAAGAGGCACUGGUACCAUAUAGUAAACCCAACUUCCCAUCCCCUGGUGGCCACAGCUCUUCAGGAACAGCUUCUUCUAAAGGAUCAACCGGACCUAGAAAAGGUGAAGUCUUGCGAGGAGGUCACCAACGCAAUGCCAGUGACCUUCUCGAUGUAGGCUAUGUGGGAUCAAACAGUCAAGGACAGUUUACUGGUGAAUUAUAGUAGUUGAGAAGACACAUUGCAAGCUGCUCUGAUGGACCAUCAGGGCUGAACUCAUGGAAGUGAUGACACUAAACAGUGCAAUGAACAUUUUCUUUAUUUAUGUACUAUUAAAAGAACUGUAAAUGCAAUGUAAAGACACACAGCCACACAUAUCCCACAGAUACUUGUGUUCUUCUCUUUAUACACCAUCCACCUUAAAAUAUUCCUUGUCAGGAGUAUAUAAAAAAAAAAAAUCACCCUCCAGGAUAAAAGAAUUUCCUUCUGUAUAUAAUUUCUUUUGUUGCAUUGCUAUGCAAGUUCACCUUCUUUUUAGCUAUGUUCAUAUUCAUGUCUGUUUUUAUUGGUCUGUUGUACUAUAUGUGAAUUAAUAGGCUGUGGUGCCAUAUAUUAACUUUUAAUUGUGUAACUUUUAUGUUUAAAGUUUGCACUGCAAUUUUAUUUGGUGAUAAGCACAAAACUCUACUCCUCAUGACAUGAAGAAAAAUAGAGACUGAAUGUGUGAAGAAGGUUUACGUACUGUAAGCUACUUUGGAUAAUGCUGGAUGUAUGUUAGGUGGUUUUCCACUGGGGCGUAGAAAUGAUAAAGCGACAGGCAAAACUGAUGUCAGUGAAGACAUUAGAAACAGAUUUAAAUCUUCUGAAAGCAGACAACAUAGUUACUCUUCCUGUUUAAGAAGGGGUCAGAAGUUGGAAGUUUGAGUUUAAAGAGUGAAUAUGAAAAUUAACAGUAGCAUGAGAUGGCCUAGACCCUUUCACUAGAAUGAUUCCCUUAGUAUCUGUUUUUAGCCAUCCAAUGCCAUUAAGUAAAGGUAAAGAAAAACAAACCUUGCUACAAACAAAGGAAAUUAAGGUGUUUCACUAAAGCUGUUUUAGAUUGCAGUUUUGAAAGAAUUAUUAUAAUUAAUUUCUGCAACCCAAAAUGUAAGUCAGAAAUUUCCCUGAAGAAACAAACAGUAUAAACUCAAGGAAUACCUAGUGAGUAGCUAAGGAUGCAAUUUAUUAUUAAGACAUAUUCAGGCUGCUUCUGAAAAAACUAAAUGUCAGAGUAUCUUAUUUCAUCUUUCCAAUACAUGUACAGUACAAUAGUAAAUAGAGCUGCACCACUGAAAUUCAUGACAUUAAUUGUUUUGAUGCAGUCUAGACAAACCUUUGUGUUCUGUUGCCUGAAGUCUGUGAGAGCUGAAGCUGAUUUCACUAAAUUGUUAGUGUUUGGAAGGACAGUAGCAGUCAAAUUAUUGUUUUAAGAAUUUUUUUUGCGAUGCAAUACAUUCCAAAAGUUGGAUACAAGCAAAGAAAAUCUUUGAACUGUCUUUUUUUUAGUGAGUGGCUUCACACCCUACUAUAAUGAGGAAAUAAUGCAUGUUUAUACACUUUUUGAAUAAACCAAAGUCUGUAAGUGGACAUUAAUGACAACAUCCUGUCUCUUCAUUAGUUUUCAUGACUUUGUCCAAAUCUUCUGUACCUCUCAAAUCUCAAUGAGUAAAUUGUCAAGCUUUUCUUAGAAUGUUGUAUAUAGGUAUUCCCCUCAUUUGCUUAAUUUAAAUAUUGCAUCCUACAGCUUAUUUCUGUUAGUUAUCUGACCAUGAACUCUAGUUUCCAUUUGAAUACCCUUUUCGUAUAAUCAGUCUAUGUUGUUUUAUAUAUUGCCUUGGAGCUCACCAGUAUUAAGGACACUUUUAGUAAUGGCAGAAUUUUAGAAGAGUAAAUUUCAAUGCUAAAUAUGUGUUGCUUUUCAUGUCAUUAACUUGUUCCAUGAUAAGAUAAAACACGACAGCCUUCAGCUAUAACUCAGCACUAUCAAAUAUUAAAAAAUGGUAGUUAACUUCCUUAAGGUCAAGACUGUUAUUUAGCAGGUUACAAAUCAAAAAAGUUGAGAGAAAUGAAUGCAUUUAUCUAUAUAAGUGACCAGUGAGUAUAUGUAAUUCUCCUGCUUGUUAAAUCAUUAUAGUUAAAAGCAUUACUUAAAAAUGUGCAAAACUGUUCAAGCAAGAUAAAGAAGGCAUCAUAUAUACAUAUGUAUGGGUUUUUUUACUUUGUUAUUAUCGUAUGAAGAGAAGAUUAUUCAGAGUACAAUUCCAAUUGAAUUCUUUGAAAAAAAUGUUUAACUAGUCACCAAUGGAAUAGUUCUGUUAAUCUGAAAGCUUGUGCUGAGCUUUGGUGGAACACCUUACUCACUAUAUCCUAUUUAAAAUUCAGUAUCAUUAGAAGUCGAUGAAGCCAUCCCAAUUACUUUCAAAUAUGUGUUUUAUCUCUUCCACUGGAAAGUAAAUGUGUGUCAGUAUUAAAGCUGUGCAGUACCAUGAUAUUCACUAACUUGUCCAUCUGCUUCUGUACAUUUUUGUUCAUUAAUAAUUUGCUUACAAUAUUACAUAAAGUGUUGUUGUGUAUCGCAAA